AACAUGAUAAAAAAGCUAAAGAAGCACUUAUCCGAUUAGCAAAAGAAGCUCAACCAAUAGGAAUGAAAGGUAAUAAUGUUGCUCUUUUUGGUUUAACAUCAACUGGAAAAUCAACAAUGCUCAAUAGUCUUCUUGGUGAAAAAAAAGCUGCAACAGGUGUUGGUGAAACAACUUUAGAAGUUGCAUCGUAUGCUGGACGAAAUUUCGUUCUUUGGGAUAUUCCUGGUCGAAAUGAUGAAAUUUCGUAUAUGAGUAUGCAAUAUAUGUCAUUCUUCAAAGGAUUAACUCGACGUCUUAUUCUUGUUCAACAUACUGUCAAAGAAAAUUCAAGCAUAAUGAAAUUAUUGGAUGCUAUUGGAAUAAAUUAUGAUAUUGUUGUCAACAAAAUGGAUCGUGUUGAAGAAGAAGAACGAGCAGAAUUUUGUGAACAAAUACGACAAGAAAUUCAGAAAAUUGGAUUGAAAGGUGUAGGUCGUGUAUUUUUUGUUAGCGCGAAAUAUCCGGCGCAAUUUCCCGACUGGCUUGAAAUGGUCAACUAUUUAACAAAUUCUCCAAAAUAA